AUGGACGCCGAUCUGACGCAGUUCCGCGAUUCCAUCGAAGACGCCGGCCGCAUCGUGUUUUUCACCGGCGCCGGCAUCAGCACCGAAUCGGGCAUUCCCGAUUUUCGCAGUCCGGGCGGCAUUUGGACGCGGUUUCGCCCCAUCGACUUCGCGGAGUUCAUGGCGUCGCGGGAGGCGCGGCGGGAAGCCUGGCGGCGCAAGUUCGAGACCGACAAGACACUCAGCAUCGCCAAGCCUAACGACGGGCACGCCGCCAUCGCCAGGCUGGUGCGGCAGAGUAAGGCGUCGUGCGUCAUCACCCAGAACAUCGACGGGUUGCACCAGGCGUCCGGAGUGCCGGACGAGCAGGUCAUCGAGCUGCACGGCAAUACGACGUACGCCCACUGCCUCGGCUGCCGCCAGCGCUAUGAGCUUGAGCCCAUCCGGGAGCAAUUCGAGCGCGACGGCGAGCCGCCGGAUUGCCAUUGCGGCGGCUACGUCAAGACCGCCACGAUCUCGUUCGGCCAAGCGAUGCCGGAGGCGGAGAUGGCGCGAGCCGAGGCGGAAACGAACGCCUGCGACCUGUUCGUGGCCGUCGGCUCGUCAUUGGUCGUCUAUCCCGCCGCCGGUUUCCCCGCCCUCGCCAAGCGGCGCGGCGCCCGCUUGGUCAUUCUCAACCGCGAGCCGACCGACCUCGACCCCAUCGCCGACCUGGUGCUGCACCGCGAAAUCGGCCCGACCUUGGCGAGCGUGACCGGCACCUGA